AUGAAAGAUGCGAUAACGGCACUCGACGUUUCUAUCAUCUCUCGGCAGGCCCAGAAUCGCAUGCAUAAGCUUACGGAGGAGCGCAUCAGCCGUGAGGCACGACGUACGAAGACCCGACGGCAGAUUCAAGGCGUCAAAGAUGGCGCUCUUUCCAUGGGUCAGCUUCGAGCCAAAGUGAAGGCACGAGCAGAUGAGGAAUACGAAGAUGAAGCAAAAGAGCUUACCCGAGCCCAAGAGAAGAUGAAUAGGGAUAUCCAGAAGCAAGAACAAGAAAAGGCUCGUAAAGACCGUGUCGGUCAGCCGGUCUUACGAGGCAGGGCCGCGGCGGCGGCGAAGAAACAGGCUGAAGAAGACUAUCGCGAGAAGUUAAACAGCCAGAUCCCUGAAGAAGAAAACGACCAAGCAACACAGCUUCUUAAGCAAUGGAACAAAGCCGAUGACCUUAAGAAGCCUCUGCCUAUCCUCAUGAUGCUACCGGAAGUUGUUAAGUGGAAAAGGGAGGCUGAGGCAUAG